AUGGCCUUAGACUUUGGGAACUCCGGAAACCCUGCUGAGCUGAAUGGGGCGCUUUGGGUGACGCUGAAUGGUACCAUCACGCAGGCAGGGCUGUGUAUCGCGCUGCGGGGCACGCAAAUCACAUACAUGUCUCUUCGAUUCCCUAGCCCUACAUACCACACCAACGAUGACCUCCUGCACAGCGUGAUGACAAGCAUUCGCUACGCUGUCGGCAUGGGUCUGUCAUCGCUCAGCUUCUGCACCACUAAUGCAUCUGAGUCGAACGCUAUCGUCGGCGGUCUUCCGAUGACUCCUAACACACACGACGACGUACAACCCCGGCCCAUUCUCAGCUCCCCGGUCAUCCCUCCUGCGGACCUGCCAUUGCCUACUAGUACCCAAAGGACCCAUGCUAUUCAGAAAGAUGCAGGCAACGCUUCAAUGUCAUUAGUUCCCUCGCUGCUCCAGCUAGUCCUCGUGAGGCGCGAGGUAGUGAGAGGGUGCAGUGGCCAGCUGCGGGGGAAACCCGUAGUCUGA